AUAAGCUCAAUAACAACGACGAUAUAAGCACCAACUUCGUUCCAACCAGAUUUUGAACGUAGUCUGUCUAAUUAAGGACACAAAAGACCUUCACMGCCAAGUGAUACUUAGCAGAAUACUAACAGCGACCGUAUCUCUUGGAAUCUGAAGCACGCARGGUUUCACAAACACGUCGUCAACUAAAGUAUAGUGCUGCACCAUYAACCAACCUUUUGGGUAACGUUACGUUCAACACCGAACAAGGAUCUAAAUAAUAACAAUGUUUAAGAUCCGACAAUCGAAAUACCGUCAUGUCUAUUGUGACGCCCCAAAGCAACAGGUACGUGACGGUSGGCUUGUGUUUGGAAGCCUGUGAUGAGCCUCUUGACGAAGAUGAACUUUGCUCUCGUAAAGCUCUCAUGUAAUAUGCUCACGGCUGCCUUCUAACGAAUUCCUCUCUGUACGGCUGAUCUUGGUACGUCGAACCCAUCAUCGGUAUGACACCGGCGUCUUACGGUCGUUGGGAUUUGAUUUGCAAAUUUUUACUAUUUUUUUUCCUCGCAGAUGUGCUACACUGGGUUUCGUGUCGCUACGGCAACCGGAGAACAACAGUACAUCAAGGCAUCGACAAAAUACUGGUCCGUAGCUAUGUUUGGUGGAGGUGGUCCUAUGGUAAUCGGACGACACGAUCGUCCGGGAAGAUUUGAGGACGGAGUGUCCCCUAUUUUGAAGGGUCACACUGGCACCGUUUUGGACAUGGAUUGGAAUCCCUUCGAUGACUCGAUGCUGGCAACUGCAUCAGAAGACUCGACUAUCAAGCUCUGGUCAAUUCCAGACGAUUGGGAACCUACGAACGAAAAAGGAAUGGGUARGAAGGGUGAUGACUUCUCCGAGUCCCUGRUAGAUCUCGAAGGACACAGAAAGAGAGUUACCCUGUGUAGGUUUCAUCCAACUGCCAGCAAUACUUUGAUGAGUACUUCCGCAGAUUAUACCGUCAAGGUGUGGGACAUCGAAGCAGGUUCCGCAAUUUCAUCCUUGGAAUGCAGUAACCUCACACAGGACAUCGUUUGGGACGUUCGAGGUGACAAUUACGCGACCUCGAACAAGGAUAAAUCCGUCAAGAUCAUUGACGCGAGAACGGGAGAGCAAACAACAAAAAUUGAURUUGCCCACGAAGGCUCCAAAUCGACAAAAAUUCAGUGGCUUUGCAACGAAGGCGCCGCCGGAAAACUCCUCACGACCGGUGCGAACAAACAAUCCGGACGAGAAAUGAAAAUCUGGGAUUUGAAGAACCUCUCCAAACCUCUCCAAGUCGAACCCGUCGACACCGCCUCUGGUGCAUUGAUGCCUUUGUAUGAUCAAGGCACUAAGGUGAUCUACUUAUGUGGUAAGGGUGAUGGUCAGAUCCGUCUUUAUGAGUUCGAUGAAAGCAARCAACCGCAUCUUCACAAACUCAACGAUGGAUUCCGAUCGACGACUCCAGGAAAGGGUUAUUGCAUGGUCCCCAAGCGUGGGCUCGACAUCAUGAGUUGCGAAACGGUUCGAUUACUGAAAAUCACCAAUACGGACGGAAUCCAUCCGCUCAAAUUCAUUGUCCCAAGAAAGUCCGAAGCUUUCCAAGACGACAUUUUUCCACCCUGYCCGGCACCAAGUGCCGCUCACACGUGCGCCGAAUGGGUUGGCGGUUCGUCUAAGAUGCCCAAAACAAUGCCAUUGGAUCCAAAAUCGAUGGCCGAAAAUGGCGUCAACGGGGCGGCAAAUGGGGCAAAAAAGAAACUCGUAACCAUCCCGAUGCUCACCAAGGAAAACGCAAAAUUGAAGACCCACAUCCAAACAUUGGAAACGAAAUUGAAGGACGCAAACAUCGCAUACGAACCCUACGUAUUCGACGAAGAAUAAUCUAUUAUAAAUUAUCCUUUUUGAA